UUCGAACACCCAGGAGAAUAAAUAAGCAAUGUAAACACAUUUCUGAAGGCGCGUUAACUCAACGAAAAAAAAAAACAACAGCACCAAACAGGCAGAAAAUGUGAGCGGCAUGUAAGAUACCAACGACGACCUACCCACUAGUCCAAACAUAAUACUCGUACGGUAAAUGUAUAUAGUAGUACGUCUCUAUCUCAGCAUGAGUGAACGGCAGUAUCGAAAAAAAUGGAUGCAAAAUUGGCCUCGCCGUUGGAGCUGGUGUUGUUUUUAACGGAUACCGACCAAGGAGUCGAAAAUUAUCCCAGGAGGGUGCCGGUAGUUGUGUGAUUUUUAUCCUGAACGGAUGCGAAAAACAUCUUUCUACAUCUCGGUAGACGUAGUGAAACCAAUAGUGGCCAUACUCGUGUUCCGCCUGGAAUUGGAACGGAAUUAAAGCGAAGUUCAAAAGUGUUUUGUUGCGGGAAACAAAUUCGGGAACGGAAGUAUACAAAAUGGCUGUCCAUAUCCUAGAUGAUGAUCAUUUUGCCAUCAGUGCAAUCGUGGUGGUGGCUGUGCAGAUCAUUUUCUUCCUAAUCGCUGCCAUCUUCCAGCUAGACAAGCUAACGGAUUUCGCCGGCGGAGUUAACUUUAUUAUCAUUGCCUUGUUGACAUUCUUCCUGGGUCAAAUCGAUCGCGCCGUUAAGCCUUACGAUAGCCGGCAGCUGAUGGUGACGGUGUUUGUUUGCCUAUGGGGUGCGAGACUGUCCGGAUAUUUGUUCUAUCGGAUCGUGAAAAUAGGCCGGGACAAACAGUUUGAAGAUAAUCGAAGGAAUGUCAUACGGUUUGCCGUCUUCUGGACGUUUCAGGCUGUUUGGGUUUUCGUCGUUUCAUUGCCGGUGAUCAUCAUAAAUUCACCCCGACACUCGAUACCGCACGCCCCUCGAACGAUGACCACUCUGGACUCGGCCGGCACGGGAAUGUUCAUCACCGGAUUGCUGGCGGAAACGUACGCCGAUUUGCAAAAGUUUUCUUUUCGCCAGGAUCCGGCCAAUCAGGGAAAAUUCUGCAACGAUGGACUCUGGCGAAUGUCGAGACACCCAAACUAUUUCGGCGAGAUCGUUAUUUGGUGGGGAAUUUUCGUUAUCUCGCUCAAUGUAAUCGAUGGCGUCGAGUGGGUGGCAAUUAUGUCGCCAAUUUUCACCACCCUCAUCAUCCUGUUCCUGUCCGGGAUUCCGGUCCGGGAGCGCUCCGCCGACGAAAAGUAUCGAGAUGAUCUUGAGUACAGGAAAUACAAAGCUUGCACCUCACCGCUGAUUCCGAUUCCACCGGCGAUCUAUUCGGAAGUUCCGCGAGCGCUCAAGUUCAUACUGUGCUGCGAAUUUCCACUAUACGAUUCGCUGGACAAGCGGCGCAAAGAAGACGGCCCAUUCGCCAUGACUACCUCUAUAUCAGUGGCCCAUUCGCACUCGACGCAUACCUAGCAAUCGGGAGGUGGCCACAAUCAUCCGGUGGUAUCCUCAUCGUCGGCUUACCACCACCAUUACCACCAUCAUUCGCAGCAUCAUCACCACCAUCAGCAGCAGCAGCAGCAGCAUUACCAUGAAGGAGGAGGAGGAGGGGCUUCCAAUUCUAAAGAUAGGAACUCGAUCGGGCGAGCGGCCAGUUACUCGUCGAGCCAUCGGAGUGGCCAUAGUGAAAGGCGCGGAGAAAAGUCCCACCACAGCAGCCGAGACUUUGACGAUAUUAUGCCGGAACGGAUAACCUGCAUCGCAAGCAGCGAUGGGAACUAUAUCACCGGCUCAGCACAGAUUACUACCAUUUUGUGAUCUCGUUCACUGUUCGACGUUAACUACUACUGUAAAACUGGUAUACAUUUAGGCGACAAAGGUAUAUAGAAAGUGUGUUACAUUUCUGUUAAUUAAUGGUUGCAGAUUCGCGUUUCAAUUCGCCAAAAAUUAAUCCUUCCGUGGAACAAAAACGCAAUUCUUGAAUUGUCAGUUGUGUGCGCGCUUGUUUUAGUAAUUGCCAAACACCUAUGAUGAUGUUUAGGAAAAAAAGUUAACAUAGCGUAAGGUGACCCCGGACACCGUUCGCGCUCAUAAUAUAAAGUCGGUUGAUCAACACUUUACCGAAGCCCGAUUAAUUUUGCCCACGAACAAGUGCUAAUAGUUCUCACUUAACUGACAUCUCUAGCGAUGCAAUAAUCAAACCCUUUCGAAUCUUUUCCUACGCAUAGUUUUCUAGGCAUUUAGAACUGACACAUGAAUCUGAUUGAGUGAAGAUUGAAUGAUUGACUAAACGUUCCAGUCAUGAGUGAAUAUUUUAAAUUCAGCAGGAAAUAAUGAUUUUUUGUUAGUGUCAAACGUUUUGUACUAAGUCUGAAAUAUGACAUAGACAUGUUUUCUUAAAAAACUUUUCAACAUAAGGGAAUUUUAUUAAUGCUAACCUUUAAAAGCCUUGAAUUUGAAUCUCAAACCACUCAAUUAGUUUCAUGUGUAUGUUAGCUCCAAAAAUAUACAAAUGAUAUUACAAAAGUAUUUAGCCCCGCAUAGCAUGUACACUCUACUAAAAUGUUUAAAUGUGAUUUGAAUGUUUCGAAAGAUUUAUGUAGGUACCUGUUAUUAAUAAACUUCGAAUUGUUUCCUACCAGGCCUUUUUUUCUUUAUUAAAAAUAUUCAAAAUGCAUUCAGUCAAAUUAGAAAUCCACAUUAUUAUUUCCAUAAAAUUCUGUUCACUUCCAUAAAGGCAAAAUUCGAAAAUAUUCCAACAAUUCAUACCUUUUAAACGCGUUUGAAGAAUCCUCGUGUUUUUGUUUCAUUCCGACGGUUGCUAAUUACGAUAAAAAUGCUAGUUUUUCAAUGGUUUAACAUAGCAUAACAUCGCAAGAUCAAAAGAUUUUUUUUAACACAAAUCUUCCCUACGCAUAUCUUUUCCAUUAAAACGCCACUUGAUUGCCAAAUAAUGUUCUUAAGUUUUUAUUCAACCAUUCGGAAUAAAUUCGACUUUUAUAUCAAACUAUCAUAACAUGUCAACCACGUCCACGUCUGAGUUUUCUCUAUAAUAGUCACAAUUUAUCUUGGCGUAUGUCAAUGUUUCCUGCUUCUUCUCGAUAGUCUGGGUCUAUUACCAGUUUAUUCCAAAAAAACCUAUGCCAAGCACUUUUUUAGCUUAUAUUUAUAGUGAAUUCAUCUAUUUUCAACUUUUUGCCUGAUAGAAUAAUUCAUAUUAAAUUCAAAUAAACAUCCAUACAUUCAAACUUUAUCGCUGUCUGUGUCAACAGAAAAUGGCUCAGUCUAGUUUCGUAGGAUGUCGUUACGAAUAUUCGCCCUUCCAAAGGUUAAGCUCGUAAGAGCUCUCAUUAACGUCGAUUGUCGGGCAAAUUGGUGGAUUCACACACGUAGGGCUCGCUCGCUCCGAAGCAUUCAAAUCACAAUUGGACUCAGUUGGUUGCUCUUGAAAUCUCUCUUGUCUUUCUAUCCAUCUUUCCGUCAACUUCAGCACCUUUCUCAACAAUCCCACCAUAAAGAAAACCCUUAACGUAAGUAGAAGUUAUAGUAGCAUGUAAGGAAAACCAUACUGAAACAACAAGCAAAAUCAAACAACCAAACAUUGCACCCUCAUUGCAGAACAAAAAUGCACAAAAAUGUAAUAGAAUCAAUCUGUCUAUAUAACCACAGGUUAACGAAAAUGUACGUAGUUUGUAGAGCUAUUCUAUGGAUCCUUUAACUACCAAAAGAAAAAGAAAACAAGUUGUACUACGAAUUUACACUCACCUUAUCCCAAUAUUUAGUCCAAUCUAUAUACACUCUUACCUUCCGACUUUAACUAACAAAUUCUUUCCUUAACUUGCUCCAUAGUGUAUAGAACGACUCGACAAUGUUAUAUUAAAUUGCAAAGAGGAAUCAAAUAAACUAAAUAGUUAAUUCUACAAAACAGUAACUAAAUAUAUAUUAAAUUGAAGUAGUAAAAUCGGUAAGAAAAUAUUUGUAUAGCCAACUUUGCGGUGUUCAAUAUACAAACAAUGUACUUGUUAAACUAUAAAAUACAAAAUAAAGAAACAACAACUUAUAAUCCUAGCAUACACAAGAAAAUGAAUAUCAAAAUCGCAACAUAAUAAGCAAGCAAAACGUCAAACCAUGCUCAAUCAAAGUGAUUUUUCUUUGGUCAAUUGAAUGAUAAAAUUUCAGAUUACAAUAUAAACCAAUUAUAUCCUUGCACCUAACGGCGAACGAAUGCAAUAAUGCACCGCAGCGAAUGAAUUUGCAAAUUUUUGAACAUCCCUGUCGUAGCGAGAAAAUAGAACACGUGUCCUCAAUUACCCUCAUAGAUAGGUUUUCGAAAAGUAUGCGUCUGAAAAUCAGGAAUGGAACAACACAAUACAAGUUAAGCCGAAGUUAGGAACAGGGCACAGGCCACUCAAGACAAAAAGAUUGAGAUGGCCAAAGCUACGCUUACACACUAGCUUGAAGACAGAAGUAUUUUAUUAAAGCCAAGAGGUAUAUUUCUUACGAUAAUAAGCUAAAAAACAACAGAUAAAAAGAUCUAGUCUAACAAAAGUAGCAUAAAGAUUGUGAGAGCUGAUCAUUCAUUACAAGGGAUACUGAGAAGCAAAUGCAAGAAUAUAUUAUUAAAUAAUUUCAGAUAAAAUAAUAACAUUUAAAAGACUAAUUGAAAUUAACAAUGUUACAUUGACGAUAGAGAGAUGAAUUAUAUUUAAAUAUAAUGCGGAAGAACAAAAUGUACCUAUAUAGUAGCAUAUAUAUUAUGAAUUAAAAAGGUGACUAAAGAA